AUGAUUUCGCUGCCUUUGCGGCAGGGAUUUCUUCCGCAUCUAGAAGGCACCUUCCUUGCGAUCUUUCAUCCGCUACAGGGUCCACGUGUACUAUUCCAGAUACCCGAGGAUUUAUUUAUCGACCAUGAGCAUGGCGAAGAAGCAGAAGAUCGGGCAGAAUUACACACUUGGCUGCCAAAAAAGUCAGGCAGUCACCGCCGUGACCAGAUUGAAUUCAGCGCAUUGUCAGACUACGUUAUUCCCAAAACACCACUUUGUGGUCGUAUGAUCAUCUGCAAUGUGGGUUCCUGUGCGGAUGAAGACGGUCAUCGCCGCAGCUAUAAAGUGCUUGGCCUGCCUGUUUUGAUCGAACAUGCACAAAAGUAUGAGCGGAAUCACUUUAUCUUUAAUCUGUGCUUCGUUUUCGAUGCACGGACAGAGAUCCAGGCAUAUGAGCCAAUCGUGCACAAAUGUGCACGCUCACUUCGUAUGCUCGAGGAACAGGAUUCGUUUGUGUCUCGACUCGAGAACCUCCCGCGCUUAUAUGGCAUCCUCGAGCAGCUUUCCGAAGAUUUGAAUGCGUAUUAUGAGGCGUUCAUAGCGCUGCCAGAGGAUUCGAGAACCAAACGAGAUGAGUCGAUAUCUCGGGAUCGGCCGGAGCAUGCAUCGACAUCAGAUCAUAGGUGUGCGCAGCCGAAUCUCACGCUGGUUGAUCCGGCGGAAUUGGACGAGCUCAUUCGUCGAGCUUCCGGCCCCCUAGCUCAGACUCGCCCGGAGCAGCGAGAUAGCAUCUGGUUACUGGGUGAAGGAUCUUUAUCACAUGAAACAGAUGCAACAACAGACGAGCGCUCGCGCCAGCAAAACAUUCAGGAGCCUUGGCUGCAGACCAGAAGGCAUGAUUGUUCGCCCCUGAUCCCUCGUGGUCGGCCGCAUGGACUAGGGCGCACAGUCAGAGAAGCUAUCAAUUUGAAGCUGUUCCCAACCUUUCCGAACCCCCCCGCUGUUCAUGAAUGGGAUGUUCCGGUGCUGCUUCUCGACAUGGGUAAAUACAUGAACAAUGGCUGGGACUUGUCGCUGGUCAAAUUGCUUCCUUACAUGGAUGGCACGAAUCAUGUAAAACGUAUUUCCCAGCUUUCCGACACAGAUUUGCCUCUUGUGCAACAGUGCAUCCAGCACUUGCUAUAUUACUCAUUCGCGAUUGUAAUUGACAUAUUCCAAUUUUCCAAUGUAUAUGUGGUGCGACCGCAGAUUGCCCGUGUGCUUGAUGACCACGACACUGAAUUGGAAUGCGCCUCUUACGUUGCAUGCCCGGGGUACGAGCCACUGCCUGGCCCCACGUUAUGGCGCAUGUAUUCAAUGUUGCGACAUGGACGAACCUUGCAUGAAUGGACUGAACUGCUCGGUAGCCAUGUGCAUGUAAUUGAUGUGCGUCGCUUUAUCACGUAUGGCGUCAUCAAGGGAUUCAUACGUCGCGUACAUCACUACCCUCUCUACUUGCCGCCACCGUCUCCGCUGGCCUUUUCCGAACUGCCGGGGCGACCAAGUGAAGAAGUAUCACAUCAUCUGCACUCCAAUCAGAGUCUCUCUGCUGUUCCAUACGAAAAUCAAGGCCCCAGCUCGUUACAUGGGCUUACUUCUUCUAUGCCUGAUCUUCCAACCCCUGCUGCUGCUCCUCCUCCUCCUCCUCCUACUGGCGGCGGUGGUUCGGCAGGCGAGACUCUACUAUCGGCAGAAGCUAGCGGUACAUUUGCUCCUACAGUUGCCACUGAGUCUAUUCGACCAAAGGACCUACAUCACCAUCGGUUGAUUCGGUCACUCAGUCGUUCUGCUGGUGCACACCGGCCCGUAGCAACGGCCGUCGAUGUCGGCAGCAUUGCGCACGAAGUAAAUGCAAACGUUCGCAUGGAGGAAAAGAAGAUCCAUCCAUCUAAUUCAGGGUCUUUGCGCCACAUGCAGAGCGCAACGUCGUCCGCAGGCAUACUUUGUGAUCUGCCGGCGUUGCUAGAUGGAUUCCACUGCGAUGAUGAACUGUGUGUUCGUUUUGGCAUGAGCUGGUCUGAUCUACAGCGCCAUUUUGUUUCCUUAUCGAUGCCAUCUGAUUCCAAACAGGAUCCGGGUUCGAGAUGCGAGUCUUCCGAAAACGACUUACCGACGCCCAGGUCGGAGUGGCCAUCAACAUUCCCAUCGCCUACGCCAACCAUGACCACAGCUUCAUAUCCUCAUCGUUUGCGCACGAAUAGUUCAGAUCUAUUGGAUUUGCAUGCAAUGCCGACAAAAAAUCAUUUAGGUCAUCACGAUGGAGGAAGGGUCGCCAUUAUAGCCAUCUAA